GCAGAGCUUGAUCUUGUUUCUUUUCCCUCCACCUUUCUUGAUCCUAUCAGGAAGAAUAUGUUUCUAAUUCAAUCUCAUUUUUUUAGGAGGUGUGGAUGAGUUUCAGGAGGGGUCAGUCACUAUUUGUCACUUUAGAGUAUCUUUAGGGGACCGGAUGAGAAAGGAGCCCUGAACACUCACCGCAGCCUCCCCUCCCUCUCCUUCUUGCUCCCCUGUCUCUCCAUCCUCUCCUCCUCUCUUCUUCAGUCUGCAGCCUCCGACAGCAGCCGCCGCAUCAUUUUUCAGAGCAGCUGCCCCCUCCCUCCCUCUCUUUUUCUCUCACCCACCCUGCUCCUCUUCUCUCCGUCACCCCUUCUGCUGUUCGCACCUCCGUGGGAAUGCAGAACAGGGUAGGAUACUCGCAGAAUCAUCUUUUUGAACAAUUUUUAUGUUAUUUCUCCCCCACCCCCCCUUCCCUGAAUCUGGAAAGGGAAUAAUCCGAUCCGGGGGGGGUGGCCAGCGCCUGGAAACAGGACCUGGAUCAGCUGGAUCAACAAACAUCACCCCUUCUUCAGUCUUAUUGGCAGAUCGCUUCAGAUCCUUUUUUCCCUCAGCUGCCUGCUUUCAGUCGUGGCUCUUGGAUUAUUGUUACACCGUCAUCUGAAACGAGCGCUCCAACCCUGAGGGCGCAUUUAGAUGAAAAGUUGGAGCAGCCCUGCAAAGACACUGCAAGCGAAUUCCUUCUGUAUAUAUUUAAAUAUUUCCGAGUGAAAUGAACUGACGUGACAUCCAGGAGCGGUGGUUUACAUUUUUAAGGACCCCCCCUCCCCGUGCGGCUGAUAAUCAUCCACUAUAAGGCUGCAUAGGAGUCCUGGCUUGCUGCUGGAUUUAGUGCGCUCCCAUCCUGGUGGAUUUACGGCUCCAAUCUGUGGGAUCGAUAUAAAUAUAUGUGUAUACUUGGGGCACCUUUUUAACACUGGAGUGAAACAUCCUCGGAUUUUUCAUCGCUCAAUUUACGCAGAACUCCAGUGAAGCGCUGUUUCCCCUCCUAUUCCCCUCCUGCAGCCCUAUUUCUCCUGCUUGACUCACCUGUCCAUAACCUGUAUGCUCAUGGGAAGUUGGGAUAUCAUGCAUUCGUGCUCUUGUGUGUGAGCGUCUCUGUGUGAGUGAAUGUGUUUGUUUGUUUUUUGUCCGCCAGAGGGAGUGUAGGUUAUGCUGCUUUUUGAAUGCAUUUGAAUGCAGUGCCAGCUUUUAAUUAAAACGUGACUGUGAGUGGAUUGUGUCUGCUUGGUUUUAGAUCUGUGCAUGUAGUCAUUCUAGCUGUACUCACUUAAAAUGUGCAGCAUCCCUUCUGCACCGUAUCUUUACAUAUGCCUGUUUAUUAUCAGGCCACCUGUUUGACCUCCCAAAUAGUCUGAGACAGAAUAAGGGGGGAAAAAAGCUGCAGCAGGAUGAGUGAGCGCUCUGGUACAAGCACUCUGGUAGCCAUGACGCUGGAGGAGCCAGGGGCUGAACCAGCGUCCCCUCGAGCCCCGGGCCCUCUCCGCUGUGGCCCGUGUGCUGUGUGGCCUCGCCAGCAGACCUGGCUGUGUGCUGUACCCCUGGUGAUGGGAUUUGUAGGAUUGGGACUCAGUCUCAUGCUGCUCAAAUGGAUUGUGGUUGGCUCUGUGCAAGAUUAUGUCCCUACGGAUCUGGUUGAUCCAAAGAGUAUCAAUGGCCAGGACCCCAUAUUUCUCUCAAAGCCCAGCGCCAUGCCCAAGGGGCCUGACAUUUCCACGGCUACGACUUCUUUAGCUCCGUCUACUACAGCAAUGAUUUCAAUGACCACACCUCUGGCAGGAGAUGGUACUGCCCCAGCCCCAAGAACUCGAUCUGGUCCACCAGCAAACCACUCAGCAAAUGGCAGCAACCCCAACGGGGAUGGAAAUAGAGCCCCUCACCUGCACAAUCGAGUUGGCACCCGUAUAAGUGGGACUACAGUAACCACCUCCGCCACCCGUGCCACCCGUCUUACCCCUGCACCCAGUGGUAAGGAGGUCACGCCCCGCAGUAAUGUAAGGAAAGGAAGCAGCACAUCCAACGGACGCAAUGGAGCUGCCAAUUCAAAUCCUGGACAGACUUCUCCUACCGUCACCACCACGACAUCCACGACCACAACAGCUAUUUCUAAGGGCACCGCCAAGGUACCCCCAACAACGACCUCCCAGCCAGCAGUCCCACUGAAGCCCACAUCACGCUGGAAUCAGGGGCGUCCAGGGAGGGGUCCAGCCACACGCCCACACCACCGCUUCAGAACACCACUUGCCCCAACACUUCCAAGUGUACGUUCAGAAGUAUUCAAGCCAUGUGUGGAGGAUAAGGACCUUGCUUUCUGCCUGAAUGAAGGAGAAUGUUCCAUCAUUGAGACCGUGGCUGGAGUUCACAGACACUGCAGAUGUAAGGAGGGCUACCAUGGACUACGCUGCGACCAGUUUGUACCCAAGUCUGACGCCAUCUUGUCUGAUCCAACGGACGAACUUGGGAUCGAGUUCAUGGAGAGUGGUGACACCUACCAGAGGCAGGUGCUGUCCAUCUUCAGCAUUGCCUCGGGGAUCUGUCUUCUUGGAGUGGCAUGCAUGGCCCUCUACCGUCGCAACAAAAGACAUCGGGAAAAACUCCAGGCUCACUUCUCUGACAGCCGCAGCUUGAGAGAGUGUAGUGUCAAUGCCUCUGGUCUCAUGUCCAAGUCCACUCCCAGGAUUCAAUACAGUCUUCAUCUGCAAAAGGGUUGCAGCUCUCAUGGACCAUCUUUUAAGGGCAAUGUUGUGGCACCAGGCUCAUCCACAGUCACCCCACCUGUUCUCAGCAAAGCACUGUCAAAAGGGAAAUGCUUCAGGAGUAGCUCCCUUUCACUUAGCCCAGCCCAACAUCGAAGAGAAGUCAGCCACUUCAGGACUCCGCCCAUUUCCAGGGGGAAGCACAAAAUAUCGACAAGUUUAAUUGACAGCUCCAGAGUGGCAGGGCAUGUCUACAGACACCUGCAGGAGGAUGAGUCAACAGACAUGGAACCCAUUAAAAGGUGUGAUUCAGCCAGGACAAGUGUGGGCACGCUCACUACCAGGACCUCUCUUACCAGCCCUUCUGCCAGAAAAGGAUGGACAGAGGUCCCAUGCACCCGCCUGGACAAGGGGACACCUUUCCUGCCACAUUCCAUGCAUACUCGGUCUGUGCCAAUCAUCCCAUCACUCCAAGCAUGUGAUCCUGAAGCUAAACCUGCUCGCACAAAUGACCAGAACCAAACAGGGCUCCUAAAGUGGUGCCCUGCUCUGUCAGGUGAGCUGUCAAAGCCCACCAGCAAUCCUCCCCCUCAGCAUGGGAAUUUCUUGUUGAAGACGGAGAUCUCAGCCUGCAGCACUACCCCCUUUGCCAACACGUGUGCUCUGCUGGGAUCAGAGAAGAAUGUUACAAAGGCAUCGUUCUCUGUUGAAUUCGGAACAGAAAUUGUGCAAGAUUUAAAGCAGAAAAGCUUUUCCAGUCAAGAGAAAAUGUCUGGACCCCACAGUGAGUGCCACCAUGGUGGCACAAACACUAUCAAGGCUGAGGCUGAGAUGGUGCAGCAGUCAGAGGGUAAAGGUAUCCAAUAUUUAGCUGGAGCGGUGCACACUGCGAGUGCAACCAGAAGUGUGAAAGUAGAGGGCCAAAGAGAAGUCCAGGGACAGUGCCAAGGUCAGACAUCUCCCUCACACAGAAGGGCAAACAGCUUUCUGGCCACCAAAGGACUCAGCUGCAGAGGAACUGGAAACACUUAUGCCAAGCCCUCUGCAAGCUGAUUGGAUUAACUUUGUAAAGCUUCAAAGAAACCAUUUCUAAUUACUGGAUACCUUUUCUUGGGGCUUGGGAUGGUUAGACUAUGGGACCAUCUGUGUUGCAACAUGGACCAGUAACAGAUGGCAAUCAAUUCUAAAGGAAGAUUAACAUAGCGCAUUGUUGUUCAGAUAAAAAGAAAAAAAAAAAAAAUACAAACUUGACACAAAAGACAUGAAACCACAAAGAGACAAACAAACACACAUUGUGAAUAAAUG